CUUUUAUUUUAAUUAUUCAAUUAUUUAAUUAUUUAAUUAUUUAAUUAUUUAAUUAUUUAACCAUUUAUUUUUUUUCUGAUCUCUUUCACAGUUCACUUAUAUUUCACUCAACAUCUAAUAAUUAAUAAUAAUAAUAAUAAUAAUAACAACAACAACAACAAUAAUAAUAAUCUUAACAACUUAAUACCUACUUAAAAUGACAAUGGAAGCAAAAGUUAAUUUAAAUCUACAAUUCCCUAACCACUCAUCCACUAAAAGUUCUGAAAAAUCCUCCACGAAAUCCUCCAAUAAAUCCUCAAACAACUCAAACAACAACCCCAACAACUUCUUAUUCAAAACUCCAAACAACUCAAACCCAGACUUCUUCAAUUCAAACUAUCAAACCCCAAUCAACCAACUAUCCUCAAACAAUUACUCCUACAACAAACUCUCCAACAACCUCAACCUCAAUCUCAACAACUCAAACAACAACUCCAGACUAAACAGUCUCUCAUCCUCCAUAACCAGCAUCUCCUCCUCUAUCGACUCCUCCUCUGAAUGUCUCAUCGACUACAACAUCAACUUCAACCCUCUAUUCGAUAAGCUUAUCCUCUCCACCUACUCAAACUACCUAUCAAACCCCCAGAUUGCUCCCUUCAAUCAAAAAUAUCCUCCCUCUGGCAUCGUAUCAAAAGUCUCCAAAGAAGUCCUCAAAUCCUCCAUUAAAAACAAAAUUCCAAUUGAUCUAAACAAAAUCAACAACAACAAUAAUAACUCAAAUUUCCACUCGCUAAAAUCUCCAGAAACUUUGAGCAUAAUAAGACAAAGACUUCUCUUCCUCUGCAACCUCAAUUACGACAAUUACAGCAGAAACAACAGUUUAUCAAGCGCCAUAUCCUUCAACUCAAACAUAUCUGACGUAGACAAUGACUCAACCUUUAUCUUAAACCAAAACUCCCUCCAAAACUCACUCAACAAUUCCAUCAACUCUAUCAAUAUCAACAACCAAAUCAACAACAACGCUUCCCCAAAUUUAAUCGACUUUGACUUUUACAAUAACCAAAAUCUAAACCAACUUCAGUUCCAAAACAACUUGCCCUUGAACACAAACUUUGAAUUGAAAAACUUCCAAAUCCAAAAUCUAAACCCUCCUCCACAACUAAAUCUAAAUGGCUACUCAAGAUCCUCUUCUCUAUCCUCCAGAUGCUCCUCCCUAUCAAGCUACACUAAUAACAACAACAACAUCAACAACCUAUACAAUUUCCAACUAAACAAUAUGAACCAAAACAUUCUACCUACAAACACUGAUCCUUCAUAUUCAAACUCUUUAUCUCUACAACCGGCAUUGAAAUCAAUUCCUGCUUCAAAUACCUCUUCUUCUUCCCACUCCUCCAAGUCUUCAAGAUACUCUUCUCUAUCAAAAAGCUCCUCUUCUUCUCACUCUUCCUCCAAAAAAUCUCUCUACUCUAAUCCAAACGACUUGAUCUUAAUCUCAACCUCCAAUCUAGAUAACCAGCCUCAAUCCCAAUCUCAACCUUUGACUCUCGAUCACCAGUUUACUUCACAAAAUGCUGCUGCAGCUUUAGCUUCCUUAAACCAACCCUUUAGUUUGCAAAGCCCAAUAUCAGAAGAGUUUCCCUAUAAUAAUACCACCAGAAAUCCUCAAACUGGCUCUCCAGGCAAACCAAUUGAUGAUACUUUAUACACAUCAAAAUCCUCCAGAAGAAAAAGAGACUCCUUGAAGAUGAAAAGAUUUGGACAUUGAUUAACAUGUAUUUCUGAAUUCUUAUGCCCAUUCUUCUGUUUUAUUUACAAUCACAUUUAUACUUUACAUUUAAAUUUUACAUUUUACAAUUUAUAUUUUAUAUUUUAGUGUUUCUUUCUCUUUCCAAUUACUAAGAACUAACAUUAUUUACCAAGUACAUUUCAUUAAGGUCAAAAGAGAUCAAAUGGUAAAAAAUGGUAAAAAAUGGUGAAAAAAAAUUGAUAAAAAACG